CUGAUGCACCGUGGCACAUAUAAAUCAACCCAGCCACGUCCCAUACCAGCUCCAUGUCGACUCUUCAGCACCAACUUAGUCAUGAUGGAGGGCUUUAUUCGGCCAUCAAGCGAAGCAACGCUUCAAAUGUCACUCUUUCACAAGCCUCCAUGCCGAGGAACCACCUUAGUUUAUGCCCACAUGAAGAAAAAGUGGUUACAGAUGGGAUCAUUGCCCCCAUGGUUCUUCAGGAGGUCAACGUUGAGCGGAAGCGAAGUUUGGAUUCCAAGAUGAGGGACACUUUCACGUUUCGUAAACGGGACAAUAAUUACAGGGCAAACGCAUUAUCGAAAAUCGCAACUAAUCAACCUGGCUAUAUGCUUCAUACGAGAACACAUACGGCAGCUUCAACGGAAUCGGUAGUUCAAGGUUUUGCCAUGAUCGGAUGCCCUGCGCCACAUUCUACGAUGCCAUACUUGGGUCAUACUGCCCCAGGGGAUUCCUUUUCUCUUCAUAAGCUACCGACUACGACUGAUAUGAUGGAUGCCAGCUUAGAACUUUUCCGGCAAGGGUUCAAUGCGGAGGAGAUGUCGGAGUUGCAGUCUGUCGUGUCGUCGAUUGCGGCCUCGUCCACCACCGAGGUCGAAGCAUCGCAGAGAGCGUCCACAAACACUUCCCGCACCAACUUGUUUCCUCCGAAUGUCUCACACAACCAAUCCCCUACGCCGCCAAUUCAGGGAAACAGCAACACCAUCACAUCCAAGCCAUACCUCUUUACAUCGAAACAAACAAUACCGACCGGGGCAUUACGACUCGAUGGUCUCCCACCGCCGGCGGCCAUGACUUUGGACGACUUGGUAAUCGCUAACAGCGUCCCAGUAUCUCAAACAAGUAUGUCUCCUGCUUUGCAAGUGGAUAACCACUCAUGGUGGAGUCCAACAUUGACAGGCGGCAUCCAAGAAUCAACAGCCGACCUAUCUGGAACAUGUAGCAGUUACCAUGCUCAAAUGCCACCGGCCUUGAGUACUAUCGUAAGGACCAGAGAUACUGAAGAGCCACAAAUUCAUCAACACUACUAUGAACCAGGACCAGGAACACAUCAGGCCAUGACUCGAUCACCAAGUCUCGACUUAGUCGAGGCCAUGCAGCCAGAAAACCAAUUGACAGGGACAAGAACAUUCCAGCGCCAGCACUCACAUCCAGACCGUACCACCGGUAUCGCCAUCCACUACUGCCGACCCAACAACAGCACACAACAGGAGCUAAGCCAAGGUCAGAAUUUAUGUAGCGGUAGCAACGAAAAUGACCUGAUCUGUGACGAAUGCCAAUGGAAACCCCGCGGCGUCCGCGGAAAUCUCAAAGGUUAUCUGCGUAAACACAAAAACACGCACAAAGGGCUGCGCCUCUCUUGCCACGUUCCUGGCUGCACAAAGACGUUUAGUCGACUGGAUAAUCUGAAGAAACAUAAGAAGGAUAAACACGGUAUUGAUGAUACGGCAAUGGGAGGAGGAGGGACACUAAGAGGAGUGGGAAUAGGGGGAGGGGGGUUGCUGCCGUGGAAAAGGGUAGCAUCUACAGAAGCAGAGGAGCAAGGGAGGAGGACGAACGGUAACAGUGCAAAGAGGCCGGAUACGAGUGACUCUCAGCAGAGGCUGAGAGAUUUGUCUGGGGAUUAUCCGAUGUUAUGGCCGGCUUUGCACUUUUGAAUUUAGAGGUUUGAUGAGGUGACAUUAUUCCACAAUACUUCUCGAUUUCUUUGAUCUAUAUACAUUAUACCACUUAACUACAGUCAUGACAGCGGAAUAUUCAUU